AUGACACUAGGAGAAGCCAAAGAUUUCUCAUACCUGUAUUCUGACGAGACAAAGGCACGUAAGCCUUCGCCGCUUAAGACCUGCAUACAUCUAUUCCAAGAUCCCAACAUUAUCUUCUUGGGUGGUGGAUUACCCUUAAGUGAUUAUUUUCCAUGGGAUAAUUUAGUGGUCGAUUCUCCACUUCCACCUUUCGCUAAAGGUAUUGGGGCACCGCUCACGGGCACCAAAGAGGAUUCUUUAAAAGUUUCUAUCAAAAAACAAGAUCAAUCCAAUGGCACGAUUCCCUUGGCUAGAGGCUUGCAGUACGGUUUCACCAAUGGGCAACCAGAACUAAUCAAGUUUUUGAAAGAACACAAUACUAUUAUUCAUGACAUGAAAUAUGCGGAUUGGGACGUAAUUGCAACAACAGGUAAUACUAACGCUUGGGAAUCUACUUUGAGAAUUUUCUGUAACAAGGGGGAUGUCAUUCUUGCAGAAGCUCACUCAUUCUCUUCAUCGUUGGCAUCUGCUGAGGCACAAGGAGUUAUUGUUUUCCCAUUGCCAAUUGAUCAGAACGGUAUCAUUCCUGAAAAGCUUGAAGCUAUCAUGGACAAUUGGAAUCCUGAAGCUGCAAAACCAAAAUUACUUUACACCAUUCCUACUGGGCAAAAUCCAACGGGUACUUCCUUAGCAGAUGACAGAAAGGAGAAAAUCUACCGUAUUGCUCAAAAGCAUGACUUCAUUAUCGUCGAAGAUGAACCAUACUAUUUCCUACAGAUGGAACCAUACAUUCGGGAUCCAAAAGAAAGAACUGCUAAGAAGUUAACGCACGAGGAAUUUCUGAAAUCGUUGGCCAAGACAUUCUUGAGUAUUGAUACCGAAGGUCGUGUUAUUAGAUUGGACUCCUUCUCAAAAGUUUUAGCUCCAGCCACUAGGUUAGGCUGGAUAACUGCCUCAAAGAGCAUUUUACAAAGCUACGUUUACUUGCAUGAAAUGACUAUUCAAGCCGCCAGUGGUUUUACUCAAGCUUUGGUUGCUGGAACUUUGAAUAGUUGGGGCCAAGAUGGAUAUUUGGACUGGUUAUUAGGUUUGCGUCAUGAAUACACUUUGAAACGUGAUAAUGCUAUUGACGCUCUACACAAAUACUUACCAAAAACUGAUGCAUUUGUCGUUAAUCCACCAAUUGCCGGUAUGUUCUUUACGGUUGACAUUGAUGCAUCCGCACAUCCUGAAUUCAAGGCAAAAUAUGAUUCCGAUCCCGCUCAAGUGGAACAUGCUAUCUACGAAAAAGUUAUAAGUUCAGGUGUUUUGGUUGUUCCUGGUAGCUGGUUCAAAACUGAAGGUGAAACUGUACCACCUCAACCGGUAGAAUCAAAAAUGACAGGAAACCGAAAUGAGAUUUUCUUCAGAGGUACAUAUGCUGCUGUAUCACCAGAAAAAUUGACUGAGGGCCUAAAAAGAUUGAGUAUAGCUCUAAAAGAAGAAUUUGGCUUAUGA